GAAGAGAGAAAGGCAGAAUACCUGAUCACUGUUGUCACUGGAAACAAAGAGGGAGCUGGGACCGAUGCAUCGGCGUCUGUCGUCAUUAAAGGUACCGAAAUUCUAUUGUUGGUGUUUACUGUCACGCCUACCAAAAUAAAAAUCAAAGUCGUUCAAUAGACAGCUGAAUAGACAAGGUCCAGAAUCUGGGAAAUCUGAGAAAGUAAAUGCAUGCAAAGAUUCGAGUCGAUGCAAUUUUUCAUAUGAGAGAUGUUAUGGGGAAAGGUCUUCCCAGAUUUAUUCAGCUUUGUAUGGGAACGCUAUGUUUGUGCCCCUCUGAGGGGUACCAACAUGGCGGCCGGAAAACAACGGAAAUAUCUGUUACCAAGUUUUGCUACGAGCGUGAUUUCAUCCCUCGAGGAACUUAUAAGCAUUAAAGUUAUACUUUUCUUAAGGACUGUUCAGAUAGCAAUUCCCCCAAAUUAAGGCACCUUUGACAUGACAGCGACUCUCGGCCGGGCCACGUUAAUGCUGUGUGUCACACAAAAUGUUAAAAAUUGAUGCGUACUCUACUCACACUUCACAACGAAGACCCCUUUCGAAGAGAAAACUAAACUAAAAAUCAGGGGCACUCAACGACUUUUUUCUGUAAAAUAUCUGUUCGAAGAAUCAAAUAUUGCCUAAAAUUUUCUGUUACUUGAGGAUAGCUAAAAUUUUCUGGAUGACCUUUCCAUUCAUGUACGAUUCUCGAAGCUUUUCCAAAAAAUCCGCUAGGAUUUUCUGAAGUUUAAUUUUUUACAUUUUACUCCCCAGGUUAGGCAAUUUUUCGUAGUAAAAAGAAAACCUAAAUUUGCGGAUUCAAAAAUGCGAUGUAGAGAGGAAUUAGAAAAAUUCUCACUUUCGUGAAACGUUAAAUUGCAUCUAAAAUGUUCGGGAAAAGAAAUACUGGACCCCUUAUAAUUUCGAACAGACUCAAGUUGCCUUAGGAUGACCGAACAGAUACAAAUUUAAUAACAUCGCUUAGAAUGCAUUUCUAGAGAUCUAAAAGUACUCUGGAUAGCCUAAAAGCUUAGUGUUUUCAAUGUAUAUAGGAGGAAACCGUCGUUGGGUGCCCCUGUAAAAUGCAAGUUUUUAGCUGCUUUUCUUACUUAAAAGAAAGUAAAAAGCGUCGAAAAAAAUUGCUAUACGCUCGAUUAUCCGCUCUGUUUUGGAAUACUACGGUAAUACUGUUGUGCGGCACUACAGUCAUUCUAUCUCUUUCAUGGAGCGAGUCCAGAAAAGAUCAUUGAAAAUUAAGUUCUACCAGGUUCCAAUUAAAAGCGCGCUUUAAGGACCCCCAGGGACAGGAUGCCAGAUGAAACUGCAUGAGGGAGGCCAUUUACUCUUCGGCCAUGUCGGCCUUUGACAGAAUUGAGAGGCCUAGUCAUGACUGGUUAAACGCCAACCUACCGAUUGUGGAGCCCCUGAUUGAGGCCAAACGACAAGCCCUCUUGAACUACAAGAGAAAUCUCUGACAGCGCUCCUCGAUGCACGCAGUGCAACUCAAAGCGCUGCUAGACAUUGUGCCACGACUAUUGGCCUAAACUUUGCAACGAAAUACAGCUACCUCGCAGACCUUGGCAACAUCAUGUAUAACGGCAUCAAGAGAGACUUAGGUCCUUCAGAAAAGAAAACUGUACCCCUUAAAACAAAAUACCGCGAACCCAUUAUAGACCUCAAGAAAGAAAUGGACAGAUUGGUGAAACACUACUCUGAACUCUAUCUGCGUGAGACAGAUUUCAUCGCUGCUACUCUCAACUCUUAGAUCACUCCUGUCACAGUCAGCUUGACGCUGAUACUACCAUUGAAGAACUUGGCAAGGCUAUAGAAGCUCUCUUAAACGGUAAUGCAGCGAUGGUAUCCCACCCGAGGUGAUCAAGUCCGCAAGUCUGCCCUCCUUGAGCCUCUCUACGACCCUGCUGGAAGAAAGGCGCCGUCCCACAAGACAUGAAUGACGCCACAAUCAGGCUCUGUAAGAACAAAGGCGACCUCUCAGACUGUAACAGCUAUCGAGGAAUUUAUCUCCUGAGUAUUGUAGGUACUCGCCUGCGUGCUCCUCACCUCCCAGACUACAAGCACUGGCUGACCGCCGCGUAUACCCCCGGGUUCCAGCGCUGUUUCCGGCUCGGGAGAUCCACCACUGACAUGCCCUCCAUACCCGCACCAACGGUAAACUCUUCAACGUGGCUCGCCUUCGCGCCAAGACGAAAAUCAAAACUGCACGUGACAUGCUCUUCACUGACAAUGCUGCUUUGGAAACAAACUCAGACACAGCAAUGCAGAGACUUAUCAACAAAUUUGCUAGUACAUGUUAAACCUUUGUUCUCGCAUUCAACCUCAAGAAAUCCAAUGUGAUUGCCCGGGGUGUCAGCCUAGCCUCUGCAAUCAAAAUCGGCGAUCACACUCUCGAUGUAGCCGACGAAUUCACCCACCUCGAUUCCACCAUCUCCAUGUACGCGAGCCACAUAAAGGUAAUUCCUUUGACUAAAGGAAUUUUAUGCUAUCCAGAUUUGUUUCAUAUUUGGCACAAUUGUAAGCCAUAUAUAAAAAAUAAUCAAAAACUGCAAUAAAAAGGUGGGUUUGCCGUGCCUGUUUUUGCCCUGUGUCCGUAAUUCUGAGUGUUUUUUCCUAGUUGCACGCCAAUGCUCGAAACUUGAAAACCAACAAAAAUUCUUAUCAUAUAGUGAAAAUUACUAAUUUCACUAAGACCUAAAGCCCAUUUGUUUUUCUAGGCUAUAUUUUCCAGGUAGUAAGUGGCAUCAAAUUACCCGAUCUUCAAAAAAUGUAGAGAAAUGGACAGUUUUGACAUUACCUCAUACUUCUCUGUGACUCUAAAUGCAGAGUUCCACGUCAUUCAUAUCUAAAAAAAAUACGACUUCUACUAUCCGGAUUUAAUUUCUUCUUCAUGUUAACUUUUUGUGUAACCAUGACGAGUAAAAACCACAAACAAAACUGAGGGGUCAGUAUCCCCGUUUCAUCGCAAAGCGACAACAAAAGGGCAAUUUCGGCUUCAAAUGGUCGUUUUGCGCGAGGCGACUGGGGCGAGUUUUAAGACAAACACCCUUUUAGCCGGUACGAGUCAUCAAAAUCUCUAUUAAAGCACUGUGGCUACAGGGCUUUAGUUACCUCUUUUUUGGUGACCUUUACAGUCGCAAUGUUAUGCGCACUAAGUGAUGCAUAGAGCAAAACAAGGGAAUUGCUUUAACGCAGAAAUCUCCCGAAUAAUCGGUAAAGCCACCAGCACCAUGUCCAAAUUGAGCCUGGGAAAACAAACACAUGACUGAGAACAGCAAAAUGAACAUCUACCAGGUAUGCGUUCUCAGUGCGUUGCUCUACGGCAGUGAAACUCGGACCCGCCUACAUGAGACAGGAACGCCGCUUGAACUUAGUUCCAUCUGCGAUGCUCAAGCAUAUCCUCGGCGUCAAGUGGCACUACAACAUCACCAACAUUGAGAUACUGUCACUAGUAUCCCCAUCAUGCACUCCCUACUCAGUCAGAAGCACCUGAGAUGGCUCGGAAUUCGUCGCAUGGAUGUCAUGGACACAUCCCCAAGGAAUAAUGACGGACAACAGGAGUCAAGAAAGUCGGACGCCCCACUCUGUGGUUCAUGGACGCUUGCAAAUGUGACCUCAAAGUGUGCGAAAUUAAUCCAAACAACUGGGAAGACGCCGGAAGUUAUCGUAACCGCUGGAGACGAACAGUGAAAGAAAGAAUCGAGAAACCAAAGCAGACGUGAAACGUCACCAGAAAGUUGAAGAGAAGCACGCUUGUUGCAAAAACAGCUCUACUUUUCCCUACUCCACAAAUUCAUCUGCGCCGUGUGUAGGAGGCACUGGCACUUGCGCAUUGGCCUGCACAGCUUCACAAGCACCACCACUGAUUGACUAGAGCGCACAAUGUUUGUCCCUCGAGACCUCGCCUUCCAUGAUAAUUCAGCAAAUGCCUUUGCAAUCCUUUUGGAAAACAGCCUUUCAACGACAGUUUUUUCAACUAACGUUUUAAAAGCAGUGAAUAAUGCUGAUACCGUUGUUAUGUUCACGUAAUUCAUGUAAGUAUUAUUCGCACUCAACUACUGCGAUUGUAGUGACUAAGUGGACGACGCUAACGACGGGGGAAGGGGGGGGGGGGGGGGGGGGACUUCAGGGCUAUUUCUACCAUGAUUUUGAGCGAUAACUGAUUAAAAAGCUUAAAUAUCAUUUUUUUUUGCAUGAAUCAUGUACUUAAAUACAUAUUCAGGAGAAUCAUUAUACAGUGAACAUAAUACCUGAACAAUAACACGUGAACACAACAAUAGAGAUUAUACCCUAGAAGUCUUAUUAAUUUACAGUACUAUACCAAGUUGCCAAUGAACCCAUACUUUUCGUUUAUAACCAAAAGGCACAGAAGGUGAUACAGAUCCACUGAAAUUGGGUUGCUUUGAAGUUGAGGGUGAGUACAAGUAAAGUACAAACAAGCUUGAAGCCUUUAAAAAUAAAACUAAAAUCUUUACUUUUUAAAGAAGUCUAUGAUUUAUAGAUUUACGUUUAUUAUAAUUAUGACUUAUCAAUUAACGUUUUAAGAUAAUUUCAAUUACUAAUGAACUUACAAUACCUUUUAUUAUUAAUCAAAUCUUAUAAUUGCCUUUUUUAAUUGUAUACAUAGAGAGAUUUAUGGCAAAUUUUUAGUUUAUUUUAGGAAAUUUUACGUAUAAUUUCAUACUUUUACUUAAUUGUUUUGUUAGAGAACAUUAGAUCAUAUUUAUAUACUAUUUUGCGCCUUACAAACAAUAAAUUGUUAUUAUUAUUAUUAUUAUUAUUAAAUUAAUCAAAUUAAACAAAUUCUCAUUGCACUUACUUAAAAACAGGAGAACAAGCAAGAGACAAAGGAGAUGCGCAUGAACUGAGGCCGGCUGAGAUAGCAGUCGCUAGACUGGGUGAGUACAAGUUGAAAAAUUUUCUUAUUUUCCUUGCAUCCACGUAAAAAUGGGAGAAUUUAAAACUCGGUAAAUUCACUAAAUAAAUAUACUAAAAAAAUUUUUUACUGGGUUCAAAUACAGUUGCACAAGCGACAAGGCCGGUAAAAUCUGUUUUCAUAGUUAUUGAGGAGUUUAGAAACAUAAUGCAACAGUUAGAUGGAUUUCUCCCCGCUCCCUUACCUCUCAAAAAAUUAGUCUGAGAAGCUCCUGAAUACCUUUUACGAGUAGUAAUCCUGUUCAUGACUAGACCCCCCCGUUAUUCUGGUUACUAGAAUUAUGAAGUGGAAUUCAAGCGUGAACGAAUCGUCUGACCCACUAGGAUUUUGAUGGAUGAAAGCACGCUCACGACACGUUUAGCGUGUUUUAGCUUGUCUUACAUCACGGAUACGCACAUAUUAAAUUGCUUGACCGCCACAGUGUUAGCUCAGUCGGUAGAAGGUGUGACUGCAAAGCGGGAGGUCGUGGGGUCUUGAAAUAAUUGAGAAAAGAAGGUACUCCCUUUGCACUGCAAGCGGCUAGACUUUCGCGUGGCUCGGAUGACCACCUAAAAUGGCGGUCCCGUCUUAAAAAAUAGUGUCCCCAAUUAGCCUUUCAUGCUAAAUACAUUGACACUCAAAUAAAUUAUUAUUAUUAUUAUUAUUAUUAUUAUUACUACAACAAAGAAGGACACACUCUUUUUUUUUUUUUGUUAAACCUAGCAAGCCAAACCUUUUUUUUUUCUUGAGUAUGCUAAUGUCCCAGUAAGCAUGCGUUUUAUGGCACACCUAGUAUCCAUUUUGAGUAUUGACACCCUAAACACCCUAGAUUACUUACAACAGCAAAGGGUUACAAAAAUGAAAUGGCUUGAGUUCAGCGAAAUGAAUCGCAACUGAUACCUACAGUAGUCGAAAAUACUUUAAAAAUACUUAAACUGAACAGUUUUAUUGUUUGUUCCUAUCAAAAAUCUGAAAAAGGGCAGAUAUUAAAUUUGUUUCAUGGAAUUUGAUCGUAACUGACUGUAAAUCAUCACUUGGUGAACAAGAAUGUAAACACUGUCACAUUAUGCUUCGUGUAUACCGUUAAGCCACCGCAAUUUAUUGAUCGCUGUUCCGUAAGCCAGAAUAACUCGGUUAACCGAUAAAGCAUUUAGCGCGGAAUUGCAAGAAGCGAUUCAGUCCUUGACGAAAUCAAUUUCCCGCUUGGCUCGCACGUUUCAAAUGAAAAAAAAAAUUUUUGGUCGCUGGUAAAAAGUGAACAAACAUCCACUUGUCUUGUUGUUCGCUGCUUGACUUUAGUGAUUUCAGAUGCAGUAAAGUUUAAAUAUCUGGUCGGAAAAUGAUGAAAUAGUCUCGGAGAAACCUACGGUUAUCAUGCUUUUUUUCUGCGUGUUUUGGUUAGAAAGACGUCGCUGUUUAUAUUUAUAAUAGGCCACUUCCGAGUUCCAAAAACCCUCACUUUCAAAAUGAGGCUAGGUGCACAACCUUUCUUGUGAAAAUUAGUUUUAUUUGCAUGAGAAUAAAAAAUGAUUUCCAUAUCAAAGGCUGAGCACCUACCCUCGUUUUGACACAGAGGCCCAGGGGAACUCGCAAAUGGCCUAUUAAUGGUAGGGUUGCAAUGCGUGUUUCAAAUUACGUAAUCUAUGCAAAUUUACUGGUAUGUUUUGAAACACAAUUUUGAAGUCAGCGUUUUAUGUUUUGCCUUGAACGGUACACUGGGAGAAUGAUUUACUGCGCUUUUCAAAAACAUGCGAAUUAUGAAAUUCAAAAGCCAACUGACGGUUACGUUUUUUCGCUGCCGUCAAUCAUCUUAGCGGACCCCUUAGAAAACAAAACUUUACUUCAACGGGUUCAAAAGGUCAUGUAUGGGAUUUGCCAUUGGUGGAUUUCGAUCUGUUUUGGGUGUUUCUGUGUUUCAAGGCUCGUUGCUUGUGAUCGUAAUUAUGAUUGACGGCAGCGAAAAACGCAAUUGUGAAGGCGGCUUUUGAACUUUAGAGUUCGCAUGUUUGUGAAAAGCGCAGUAAUAAAUUCGCUCUUCAGCUUCAUCUAGGUUACUUUUUCGUAAAUCAAGAGCCGAGACUCGAUUGUUUCGUCUGUUUCAGGGUGCUUUUGAGCAGCACCGUAGCUUAAGGUUGCGUUUGAUUAAAAAAAUUUUCCGGAUUUCUGAUUUUGUAAUCGAACCGGCGAAAUUCGAAAAUGGAUUUCACCUCCAAGAAAUCCGUCCACAGGGUGAAUUACAAUUCAGAAAUCCAAAUCCAUAUUUCAUGGAUUUCCUUUUUACCGUUCGAUUGGGAAAUCCGAAAAAGGAUUUGCAAAACUAUUCUCGUCAAUUAAGCGUUGUUCCUUUUUUGCUAAUUAUGCUUGCGCUUGCAAGGACAGUUGUUAAGGACAGUUAAGGACAGUUUUCCAAAUCCUUUUUCGGAUUUUCCAAUCGGUCGGUAAAAAUGAAAUCCAGCAACAGAUAUCUCAGCGUUGAAGCCCGUUUUCGGAUUUCGCGUUCCAUUGCAAAUCCGAAAUCCGUAUUUUAAAAUCUAAAUCCUGAUCAAAUCGAAUGCACUAAGAUAACACGCCUUUUUUUUUUUUGCACACUCGUGUUGCGCUAUUUCGCACGUAGCUGUUGUUUAAAACUUUAACACGCUGUUUUGUUCAACGUUUUAACAAGCGUGUCCUCUGAAACAAAAGAAAUUGCUAAUGAGGCAAAAUGGCUAGCGUUUUAAAAAAAGCGUUUGAAAAUGAAUUUUUUUGUUGUAAAGUGGAAGCGUGUCGUGAGCGUGCUUAAUUUUAUCUUUAGCAUCAAAAUCAUAUGGAGGGUCACAUGAUUGAGCAGUCAAAAUUUAACCGCUCGGAAUACGAUAAUAAGAAGGCAAAUUUCACUUGUUUGGCAACCGGGUAACCUAAUAACGAGGUCCUUGUAGAGUUAGAAUCGUGAUAUGACUGAUAUUAUUACAUUGUAAGCAUCAUGCCGAUCAGGUAUUUGCUACCCUGCUCGAGGUUUUUAGUAACUUGGUAACAUUAUGAGACUGUCACAGUCACCUGUCACAGUAGCCGUAUCAGAUAUAACCGGUAUAUGCUCCCCACGAGGUUAUAGAAUGGUGACGUUUUUAGAUUGUAGUUAACAAAGAAAGAAGCCUUGACUGUGCUCUGUUCUGUUGUUAAAAUCCACGCUUUCAAAGCGAGCGAGAGUGUCGUCAGCAUGUCAGUUUAUAUACUCUCAUAAAGCACGCUUUCGCAACCAGUCAGCGGAGUAUAUUUAAAAAAAACUCUUAACUUGUUAAACAUCAAUUAUCCUGUUAUAUUUUGGUUUCUAGUCAAGGUCAAACAAGGUAUCAAAAAGAGGGUUCGCAGUAUAGGAAAUUCGAAUUGGGUUCUCCGGGCUCUCUUCCUUCGUCUAUUUCGUUGGUUUCAAUUUGAUGUGUUUGCACCUGGGCAAAUACAUUACUUCCGCGUGACAGCUAGAGACGUCGGCGAGCCUUUAUUGGUGACGUUGAAAAAAGACGGGGGUAGUUUUGACCCCGACUGGUUCGUAGACCGAUUGACGAUCAAAAAGUUAGGGAAAAACCCUGGUAUCCUCUAUGACUUCCCAUGCAACCGAUGGGUGCAGAAUGAAAGCGUUACUAUCUUCGAGGGAAAAGGUAAGCCAUGGGUUUUGAACAAUAAAUUAGUAAUUAACACCGAGGAUGGUUUUUUUCUCAACCACUUCAGUCUCGUUAUCAGAGUUUAUGUUUUCAAUAUAUUCAUAUUUAUAUUCAUAAUCAUAUUCAGCAAUUAUUGAAUGAGGUUGUGUAUGAUAUGAAGAAUUAAGCAACUAUCCGGAAGGGUGUUACCCAGUGGAAAACAGACUCCGAGAACUAAAAAACAAGCCUAAUUUUUCUAUUUAAUCCUGAUUGUUCCCUUGCAAUUAAGUUCACCACUUUCAACCAACACUCACAAAUAUUUGCCCACAUUAAUUUUCUUUAUAUUGAUUGGUAUUCAACUAUUCCUUAACAGCAAAAUUGCCUAACGAUGAACAGCAUGAAAAAGUUAAGACAGAGAGAGAAGUAGAGAUAUCUCAAAGGCAGUCGCUGUUCAAGUGGGGACGGAAUCAUGCAUACUCCGAUUUGCCUGGUUUCUUAAAGGCUCUUGAUGUUAAACAACUGCCAAAAGACGUACAGUUCACUGAUGAAGCUGUUUAUAGCUUGUUUGGCGCAGGAGCAUAUCUUUUUAUCAAUAAGAUCCUAUUGUGGCUCAUGAAUUUCGUGUACGGCAUCCUCGGUCUACACUGGAAACACUUUGAUGACUUCGAAAAGGUAUUGUUGCACUUAUCUGGCAUGAAAGUGAUAUGUUAGCCCUCAUCGAACCUACUUUGUAUACAAAUCAUACCAACUGGAGACAAAAUGGACCCCAUAACGUCAACAAAAACUAUGCAAUAGUUUAAUGACAUUUAAAAAAUAAUGUUUUUUUUACCGGCAACACAACAACCCUCGUUCCAAGGCCUUUUUCCCAAGCCUGCGUUUGACUUACUGACCUGAGACUAGCCACGUAAUAAGUCAGUUUCCAAUUAUCCAAAUUCAUACUUGGCUCCGAUAUUGACAGGAGUAAAACAAAAGAAAUAAAUUGCAAAAAAAUUCCAAACUGGCCUUUACUGGCUUAAAGGUUUUACUUCUUUCCCUGUACUGAAUUUGGAUCUCACUGGAGCGAUAUAGUAUAGAAACGAGAAAAAUGAAAAGUUAAGUAGUUGAUAUUUUAUUAUUUUAUACAGUUAUAUGCCAUUGGACGCGUGCCUAAGGCAGCAAAAUAUUGGCAGGAGGACCGCUUCUAUGGUUUCCAAUUCCUUAACGGAUGUAACCCAGAAUCGAUCAAAAGAUGCACCGAACUGCCAGAAAACUUCCCUGUCACGGAGGAGUUAGUCGGAGAUCUGUUGGACGAAGGAGAUACUUUGAGGGAAGCUAUGGAGGUAACUUUUCCUGUUUUUUUUCCUUAAAGAGAAUAUUAUUUUUUGGUUUGUCGUUGGCAUGCUCAUUCCUUGUUAAAGCCUGUUUACUCAAAUGUUACGGUUAGCAGUUAGAAAGCAACAAAAAGAACUUUGCCAGAUUGGUUUCAGACUGGAAAACUAGCCUGCAUAACAGGCUGACUCUCUUCUUUCCUUGCGCUUCGCGAAUGAAAUUGGCAAGACUUCUAUUGUAAUCAGUUUUUCCUAGCCUGCAUAACAAGCGCUUUAUGAGCCAAGCGAGGCGGACGCGACAUUUUGCGCGAAGCUCGAAAUCGUUUCGCGCUUCGCACGAAAUGCCGCGUUCGCCUCGCUUGGCUCAUAAAGCGCUUGUUAUUCAGGCUAGGAAAAACUGAUUACAAUAGAAGUCUUGCCAAUUUCAUUCGCGAAGCGCAAGGAAUUAAAGAAGAGAGUCAACUUUAUGAGGCGUCGAUGAACAUCUGUAAUUCUUCUUUCGUGAUUCAGAUUUUGUUUGUUUAUACAACGAGAAAGACGAGGCUUAAACUAUCGUGCAGAUUUUUUCGACUCAUUUUAAAAAAGGAAAAUCGCACCCUGCCAGCAAAGCCUUUCUCUGCAUUCUCCAUUUUGGCGUACUCGAGAAAGACUCUGUAAGAAUCGAGUAAGAUCUUUGUUGAGCAUACGCGGCAUGUUGCUAGUAAGGAUAAAGCUUCGAAACCAGGCCUAAUAGCCGUGUGCUUGCUACAGCUGGCUCAGUUGUGACCAUAAGUUUAUCAAUAAACUGAUGUUCUCAAUCGAAAAACUAGCUGAAGGAGAAGAAAACAAAAUUGACUAGUCCAGUGGUUUAGCAUGGGCUGCGGCGUUGACCUCAAGGGUUUGAUGUGAUCCAGGCAGUGCUUCUUUUUUCUCCUCCUCACUCAAGAAGAAAGAAUGGAGAUCGGUCGCUCGAUCGUAAUCACAUAACCGAGCCAACUGUCUUUCUUUAAUGUACAGAUUUUGCCAGAGCUGAAAGCGUCGCUGCGGGUUAUUUGAUUUAUAAUUUCAAAAAAUAAACUUGUCUAAACAACAAAUAAGUAGUAUAGGGCGCACCGGUUACUCCGGUUUUUUGAGCAGGAAUCUAUUAACGCCGAUGACGUCAUAGGCUAUUGUCCUCAUCUCAUGAAUAAAAUGCGGUGGAUUCUCAUUAAUUUGCGGUAGAAUAAAUUAACGUCGCUGACGUCAUAGGUUAUUGUAUUGAUCUCAUGAAUAAAAUGCGGUGGAUUCUCAUCAAUUUGCGGUAGAAUAAAUUAACCCCAAUGACGUCAUAGGCUAUUGUCUUGAUCUCAUGAAUAAAAUGCUGUGGUAUCUCAUAAAGAUAAGGUCAUGUGGUAUUUUUAGUUGGUUUAGGAUUUUUAGUUACUUUAAGGUCGAUAAACGUCUUCGUUUUCGAUUGGUUAGUUAGAAAAUAAGAAACGUUUUUAUUGGUUAAUUCAUACUGUCUGAGGAGUAAAGUUAAACUUGUCUGUGACUUAAAAUCACUGAGACGUAACGUAAUUAUGCACUUCCUAUUUCCUGCUACUGUGAUUGUCCUUGUUCCGGUUCACUGAUUUUUGGCGGGCAAAUCGUGUAUAUUAAAGAGGGCAAAGGCAAACUAGCUCUUUUUUGCACUGCAAGCAAUGCUUUACUUACCCCUCUCCUUUUUAUUUUUUAUUUCCCUCCAGCACCACCACCACCACCGCCACAUUUCUAUUGUUUUCCCUCUACCACCACCACCACCACCACCGCCACCACAUUUCUAUUGUUUUCCCUCCACCACCACCACCGCCACCGCCACCACAUCUCUAUUGUUUUCCCUCCACCACCACCACCACCACCGCCACAAUUCUAUUGUUUUCCCUCCACCACCACCAUCACCACAUUUCUAUUGUCAUUGGGGUUAAUUUAUUCUACCGCAAAUUGAUGAGAAUCCACCGCAUUUUAUUCAUGAGAUCAAUACAAUAACCUAUGACGUCAGCGACGUUAAUUUAUUCUACCGCAAAUUAAUGAGAAUCCACCGCAUUUUAUUCAUGAGAUGAGGACAAUAGCCUAUGACGUCAUCGGCGUUAAUGUAUUCCUGCUCACGCUAAUGAGGUUCCUGCUCAAAAAACCGGAGUAACCGGUGCGUCCUAUACUACUCAAAUAAGUUAACUUUAUAAUAGGAACGAUACAUUUGAGUUUUAGAGGUGGGGGCGGCCUAGGCCUUUCCCGAUUGUGCUCGUAAAAUGCUGGAAAGUUGCUCACUGGGAUGCCAAGAAGUUGCUAAAAAAUUGCCAAAAAUCCAAAACGUUGCUACCUACUUUUCAAAAGUUGCCACCUAAAUUUCUCGAUAUUUUUCUACAAACGGUGAUUAAAAGCUUUAUAUUUUGUUCUUUACAAUAAUUACUAACAUCGGUCAAGGAAAAAAAAUUAAAAAAUAAAAGAUUGAAGUUUUCUAUGCAAUGGUUGACUUUUUCGUGCUUGAUAUAUAUGUGCUCUAAACCUAUAUUUGCUCAAAAGUUGCUCAGAAAGGCAAAAUUUGCUCGAGGUUGCUAGAACCACAAAAAGUUGCUCCAAACGCCAAAACGUUGUUAAAAAGUUGCCAAGCACAAUCAGGAAAGGGUGGGGCUGGGUGAUUUUACUUUUAUAGAAAUCUGGUGCUAGGGGCGUGUAAACCAGCCUUUUUACAUCACCUCCGAGGUAAGCAAAACUAUCAGGCGUUGCUUGUUUAUCGUUCAAACCUCGGAGAAAAAGUUACUUGUAAUUCUGCAGUUAUUACAAAACAAUCUUACAAGACAAACUACACUCACUCAAUGUUCAGGUCGAUCGAAGCACGCGCUUCCCUUCCACAACAAAUUAUAAAAAUGACAACAACAUAAACUGAACGUUACAAGUAUAGAGAGAAUGCACCAUUAGAGGGGACUGUUCAGUUAGGCCAUUCUGCUGUUAUGCAGUUAUGCAGGGUAUUAAAUAAUCGGCUUUCUGCAAAAACUUUCGAAAACAUGUAUUUUUAAUAUAAUUUCCUAAAGCACAGGUCCGCUAAGCCACUUCUGAAUUUAGCCAAGCUGAGUCCAAACUUCCAGUGCGAAGUGUCGAAUGUUUUAAUGAAUACUAGUAGUCUCAGGUCUCAUGCAUGGUAUGAAAGUAAAUAUUUUCUUAAAUUCUUGCACUAAAUUUCCACUUAAUAACAGUCAACGGUCAAAAGCUCUAAAAUUUAACCGUCAACUGUUAAAACUGGAAAAAAAAGGUCAAUCGUCAAAGCCAGCACCCCAUUGAGACCCUCGCAUUCAUCAUGAUGCAGCAAUGAUUAUUGCAAAUGUGUCUAUGUUUUCUAGGAAGGCCGGAUCUACAUAGUGAAUUACAAAAUCUUGGAGGACAUUCCCAGCUAUGGCCACAAGGAUGAGAAGUGUAAGGAACGUAGAUACGCGUGCGCGAGUUUGGGUUUAUUUUAUGUGAACGACAGCAAGGACCUGAUACCAAUAGCCAUUCAGCUCCAUCAGCAGCCAGACGCUGACAACCCGAUAUGGACUCCCAAGGACCAGAUGUAUGACUGGCUUUGUGCCAAAAUGUGGUUGCGUAACUCGGAUGCUCAGUUCCAUCAGGUAGGGUUCCACCAUUUUUGGUUUGGUUAAUCACAUGAUUAACCUGCGAGGAAGCUCACUUGUGUUUUCCCCGAAGUAGCAUCAGUGAGCCUGUUCGCAGCCUUUUACUUGAUCGUCUUUAGCGGAAUACUAACUGCGUUUGUCAACCCCUUUCGAGCGAAAACCUCCGGGGGCCCCCCGGGCCGAAAAACACGUACGCAAGAAAAAGGUAAAGGUAAAAGGUGAAAUUGCUGGAAUAAAACUGACUGGUCCACUCCUAUUUAAAAGUGAAGGUUGAAAAUUAUAAUAAAUCGGUUUUUAAGGUGUUUCGAUACUAACAGUUUUUCGCAGACCAUACCGAUGUUAUUCUUGUCCGAUCGCCAGAAAAUUUUCACCAGUGAUUGACUAUGAAUUGAUGUUUGUCAAAAUGCAGUUUUUAGUAAAAUCGGUAUCAGUAUGACAGCAAUAAACAAAAACUUUAAAAUCGAUUAAAUCCGAAUUUCGCGCGAUCUAGCCCACCAUAUACAUACCUCGGCUAGUAUACAUUUCAAUGACAAGCAUUCUUGACAAUGUUUUACAUUCAAAUUAAGCAAUUAAAGUCAUACUAAAAUGUACCAGCCUUUGAGGUAUGUAUGGUGAACAUUAAUUUGGAAAAUUAGCAUAACGUCAAAACAGUGAAUGUUUUAACGUGGAUUUUUGGUCGGUUCGUGUGCUAUAUUCGUCUUAAAAUUUCAAGGUGUUGCAGUGAAUCAGUCUUAAUGAAAGUUUCAGACAUAAUUAUAUACAGUCAUGGUUAUUGUGUGAUGAGGUUUAAAAAGAAUUCUGUCGAGCAGUUUUAGAGAUAUACAGAAAAGCACUAAAAGUCAAAAUUCAGGAAUAAAGUUGUACUUAGACAGGAGGUGAGAAAACAGGUAAGUUUUCAGGAUCGCAAGAAACGAAAUCCACCAAAAUUUUCAUGCAUCAAAUAUUAAUUUCAUGUAUUUAGAACUUUUUUAUUAAACAAUUUAUCACGGCUAUUGAAAAUAUAAGGUCUGAAAUAUGUUUAAGUUUUAUUUGAAUUCAAGCAUACAGAAUUUUUUCCUUCUUACAGAGGUUAUUUGCUAAACACCACGCUUUAAGUUCCUGGUGCGGGAUUGUCAGUAGUAGGUCUAGAUCGUGCGAAAUUCGGACUUAAUCGAUUUUAAAGUUUUUUUUUGUUUAUUGUUGUCAUAGUGACAUCGAUUUUACAACAAACUGCAUUUUGACAAACUUCAAUUCAUAGACAAUCACUGGUGAAAAUUUUGUGGUGAUCGGACGAGGAUAAAAUCACUUUUAAGGCGAUUGAAAAACAUCGGUAUGGUCUCCGAGAAACUUUAUCGAAACAACUUUAAGUGGUAUGAGGAUCUCGAGUUAUUUUGCUCUAGUUGGCUUUGUCUCAAUGUUACUAAAACUGCAGUUUACGUUACUUUCAUUCUUACAAAUGACCACCUUUUUAAAAAACGGGAACUUCGGAACCAUUUGAAGUAUUGAAUUGGUAACAAAUGUUCCUUUCGUUUUGCUUUAGAUGAUAACGCAUCUUCUACGAACACACCUCUUCAUGGAGCCAGUUUCCAUCGCUAGCCUCAGACAACUGCCCACGAUCCACCCCUUGUGGAAAUUGUUGUCUCCUCACAUCAGAGGGGUUCUAGCUAUCAACACCCUUGGACGAAGUGUCCUGAUUGCUGAGGGAGGGGUGGCUGAUGAAACUCUUUCUAUUGGCGGUAAAGGUACAUGGCAUGGAUAAUUUCGUAAUCUUAAUCUAAAUUAAUAAUAACUCUAAGGCCCGGUUCAGACGCCGAAUUUUUCAUUAGCUGAACCUAAUACAUUGAAUUAAGUACGUGAAAAGUUCGGCGUCUGAAUCAGUUAGGAACGCCUGUUUCAAUUUAACGGUUCAGCAGUUCUUUUCGCCUGGCCCGGCCGGGAAUUUUCGCUUUUGGAGCGACUUUAGAACGGCUUUGAUUCAGACGCCGAACUUUUCAUGUACCGAACCUAAUGCAUAAAUUAUUAUAACGUAUUUUGCAAGUAGUUUGACCGAAAUGAGCAUUUUUGUCCCUUUGAAUUUAGUUCAGGCUGGAAUUAAGAUCGGCGUCUGAAUCUAUUCAGCCGGUCUAAAUAAUUUGGGUCGGCCUUAAUUCGAAUUAGGUUCGGCUCGUGAAAAGUUCGGCGUUUGAACCGGGGGUAAGGUAGAUCUGAAUGAAAGCGAUAUUUUUCGACGGACUGCUGCAAGCUCUUACUGAUCUAGAAAACUGAAUCAAGACCAAGUAAAAAUGUCUAAAUUGAACCCGCACGAAAAGAGUACAAAAUAUUAUAUUACUAUAAACUCAGCCAUAGUUUUUACAUGAUGUGUUUUGGGUCUCAUUGGACGUUCUUGGGGACUUAUCAAAGGGCGCGCCCAGUUAUGUAUGUAAGCAGGAAAGGCUAGAUGGAGGAAAUUUCUUACAGCAGGAAAGGCAAAAAAAGACUUGAUGCCAUUAAAAAUCCUACAUGUAGAGGACUGGAAAACCUAGUCAGAAGAUCCUUUAAAUGGAAAAUUUAACUACUAAUGUGGUUAUGUUAAUACGAUCUUUAUUCUUGAACAGACCAGGGGCACAUCUUGCUAAUGCAAAAGUACUACAAGAACAUCAGCUGGGAGACCUAUAAUCUUCCCCAGGCUUUAAAGAAAAGAGGAAUUGACGUGGUAGAUAAACUGCCUAACUUUUAUUAUCGCGAUGAUUCUCUAAAAUUAUGGACAGCCAUCGAGGAAUUCGUCAAACAGAUUCUAGCCAUUUACUAUCGUUCCGAUGUCGAUAUAAAGGAGGUCAGUCCCUUGUGGUUAAUGUUUGUAUUUUAUUAUUAAUUCAAAAUAUCUUAAAGUCCCCUCAAGCUUAUUCCUCCUCGUAGACUUUGUUCUCAACUAUGGCCUAUUUUCCGGCACAGUGUCAGGAUAUACCCACAGGUUUUUUCUUGUAGAUACACCUUAAAAAGUAGAUAACAUUUAUUGAGCAAUUUGUUUUGCGUAUUCUUGCUCUCGUUCCGUUCAGUUUUAGUAAGAAAAAAAUUCUCAGCUAUUUCGUCUUCGGAUACCCCAGUUGUGUAGGAGCUGCUCGUAAGGUCUCUCCUGAUUGGUCGCAGAAAACAAUGACAUGUCAUUCUUUCAAUUGUUUGAGUAUUGUUUGGGGUCAGGGUUGGGCACCAUUUGUGACUUCUCUUCCACAUUACACAUGACCUCGGAUAGCCGUGCAUGAAUGCCAUUUUAUUUUCAGUUCACUCAUGAAUAACCAAUUGGACCACCGCGCCUGGAAACGAGGUUAAUCGAUACGAUGGUCAAUUGCCCAUGCGACUUGACGUUUCCAAAUCAAUAUAUACCAUCGACCAACCUCGGUUUCAAGUCAAAAUACCAUUCAAUCGCUGGUAUAUUGCUCGCAACUUUCAAAUUUGGCCAACGCCAGUUUGUUAUAAAUAAUAAGCUGGGUAAUUUGACCCAGUCAGGAAAUGUGAAAUGUUUUGAAUGAAUAAUAAUUUAUAUAAAACGGAAGAAAUCGCUGACUUAAAAGCUAUCAAUCCUCGCCCUAGGAUAGUUUGUGACGAAACGCGUUGCAAUUUUUUCCUUUGUCGAUCGCCUAAAUUUUUCCGCGUUUUUAUCGGUCGCUCGAGGUUUUGACUGAAGUUUGAACUUUGAUUCCGAAACUAAAACUACAUUAUUUUGAUGUUGUGCCAGUUAUUUCAAUACCUUAUUCAUACUAAAACAACUACUUACCCAACUGAAGAAUGGAAAAAAAUGACAGUUGCUGCCACUUUCAUGGUGAGUGAGAACGAAAAUCCAGCAAAACUUUGAUGUAAAGUUCUUUCCCUUGAAAGAGCACAGUCAUCUAGUCUGAAAUGUCAUACGUCUCCACCCAAAACACGUGGGGGAGCGGGGGAGAGAGACGUCUUAAUUCCGAGCGUUAAAAUGCCGUUCGGUGACGUCACUUACUUUUGCGAACAUGGUAGGUACUUCUCGAUUGGCUUUUACCUUUCCGAAAUAGAAAACCUUUUAUUAGCUGUGGUCACACUACAGACUUUUUACCUAUCGGUAAACUCGACUUGUUGACAGUUUACCUCGGGAAACUUGAUUUUUUGAAGUGUGACCGAUUUUUCCUAGGUAACUUACCUCGGGGAAAUUUUAUCGUCUGGGGCUUGGAUAUGUCUCGAGAACAAUAGACUUUCCCUUGACAGCUACCCCAAAGUUUUAACCGUACUUUGCAGUCCUUUGUAGUUAAUGUUUGUACCCUAAAGCGAUAGCUAGCGAAAAAUGAAAUACCGAGUUUGCUAGCCAAUAGCCGCUCAUCGGCGAAGGUCUUGAUGACAGAACCGGACAUAGCUCACGCUGUGAAAGAAGUUUUGGGGGCAAGAGUAGUCUAGGUCUUCGCCUGUCUUCACCUUGCACGUUGAAUUAGCGCAAGAAAUAACAGCGAGAUGAAAUUAAAAAAAGAAAAGGUCUCUUUGAUCAGCUAGAUCCCUGUGCAUCUUGCCUUUUUGAAUUUAUGCUCCAUAAAAUUCAACUGAGUGUGAAAAACUUGGGAGCCGAUAUCAAUAGUGUGACCUUCCCAGAAUUUUUUAUCUAGGUAAAACAAAACCCGAGAUGAAUUUACCUCGGGAGUUUUUAGAUGAAUUUGCUCUAGGUAAAUCAGUGUUACCUAGGUAAACGUCUGUAGUGUGACCACAGCUAUUAUUGGCUGAACGCGCUAGGGAAAACAUCCAGUUUGGGUGGAGAAGUAUGACGUUUCAGACUAGAACAAAGCCUCACUUUAUUGAUUUUAUAAGAGAACUUCUGGUUGAUUGGUUAAAUUUCGAAUCUUUAUGCUAGCAAGUCGCUAAAUGUGUUGAAUUUCAUAUAAGAAAUGAGUCUGCCUACUGACUUUAAGGGGACUGCACUCAGUGUGUGUGUUUGUCCGAUCGAUGGAACCAAACUAAUUUUUCAAAAAAAGAGAUGCUUCAAUCCUUCAAGAAGUGAUCAUUGCACGCUGCCUGCAGCAAUUAUACAUCGUCAUCAAAUAAAAUAUAUUUACUUUAUAUUAGGACGAUGAACUGCAGCUCUGGAUCAAAGAUUUACACGACAAUGGAUAUGCGGUCACUCCCGGACACGCAGACCAUGGUGUUCCACAUUCCUUUACGAACCGCCAGCAGGUGUGCGACUUUCUCACAGCCAUUAUCUUCACCUGUUCUUGUCAGCACGCCGCGGUAAAUUUUUCACAGUUGGAUGCAUAUGGCUUCCCGCCAAAUGCUCCCGCUCUUAUGCGCCAGCCACCACCCACAAGGAAGAACCAAUUUUCAACGGAGUCGGAACUUAUGAAAUGCCUGCCUACCCAGCAUCAAGCAGAGAAAGCUAUUUCAGCAGUGUACGAUUUGACUCGAAUUUUUCCAGACGAGGUGGGCUUUUUUCAUUGUAAUUAAAAUUAAAACGAGCAUUUAUAGGCAAAUGCUGCUACGUAUUACUGCUAAAACACUGCGUGAGUCCUCCUUAAAGUUUAAAAAAAGAAAAUUGACGAGAUCCUCCAAACUAUCUUCGAUAUAUUCCUUGGAGCAAGCGUCCGAUCACACGUGGUUUUUUUUUGAAAAUCGUCAGGUAGUCAGCUCAAAACACAUGAUGUGUUAAAAUACAGAGAGUAAAGCACGGGUUUGAGAACUAGUUUUUAGCUGAUUUCAUCCCACUGUAAGCGUCCUAAGAAAUUGAUUCCAUAUGUCUUGUAUGUUGUUAAACAAAAGCUAGCUUAUGAAAACAAUUAAAGUUUUAACUGUACCUUGGUCAGUUAGCAAGGUAACCUAUUUGGAGACGCACCCUCCCUUCAAAGAUAAUAAACGACCAGCCCCCUGAGUAAAAUUCAUGAUGACUUACGAGAAUGUCAUUUGUCUUCACAGAAAUUAAUUGGUGAAUAUCCUGAGAGGCUGUUUACUGACGAUGCGGCCGAGGAUGCCAUUUUUGAAUUUCAGAUGAAGCUUAAGCGAAUCUCCAAGGAGAUUGAAAAACGCAACGCGGCCCUUGAAGAACAAUACCGCUACUUUUACUUGCAUCCCGAACGAGUGCCUAACAGCAUCGCCAUCUGA